CCUAAGGAAACAGAAACAACAUUAUAAACAAACUCAACUCUCAAACGCUCGCUCUCUUCCUCUUUCAAACUCCAAGGCGCAGAUCCGAGGAGUUUGGGAUUUUGAAACCCUAAUUUUCUCUCUCUACAAUUUUCUAUUAGCCCCCAACUUUUUAUCUCUCUCUUUUAAUCACUCUCUCACUAGCAGUUAUGGCAGGCGUGGCACCAGAAGGAUCGCAGUUCGAUACUAAGCAAUAUGAUUCCAAAAUGAACGAAUUAAUUUCUGAAGGGCAAGAAUUUUUCACCUCUUAUGAUGAAGUGUAUGACAGCUUUGAUGCUAUGGGAUUGCAAGAGAAUCUUUUAAGAGGAAUCUAUGCUUAUGGUUUUGAGAAGCCAUCUGCAAUCCAGCAAAGAGGAAUUGUUCCAUUCUGCAAGGGUCUUGAUGUGAUUCAGCAGGCCCAAUCUGGAACUGGAAAGACAGCAACUUUCUGCUCGGGCAUUCUCCAGCAACUUGAUUAUGGUCUAGUCCAGUGUCAGUCAUUGGUCUUGGCACCAACUAGAGAAUUGGCACAGCAGAUUGAGAAGGUUAUGCGAGCCCUUGGUGAUUAUCUUGGUGUUAAGGUUCAUGCUUGUGUUGGUGGAACAAGUGUUCGUGAGGAUCAGAGGAUUCUUCAAGCAGGUGUUCAUGUUGUUGUGGGGACUCCUGGUCGUGUGUUUGACAUGUUGAGAAGGCAGUCACUUCGUCCGGACUACAUCAAGAUGUUUGUGUUGGAUGAGGCUGAUGAAAUGCUUUCUCGUGGGUUCAAAGAUCAGAUCUAUGAUAUUUUCCAGUUGCUGCCAGCUAAGGUUCAGGUUGGUGUGUUCUCUGCCACCAUGCCUCCAGAAGCCCUAGAAAUCACUAGGAAGUUCAUGAACAAGCCCGUCAGGAUUUUGGUUAAGCGUGAUGAGCUUACCCUUGAGGGUAUUAAGCAGUUUUAUGUUAAUGUUGAGAAAGAGGAGUGGAAACUUGAAACACUCUGUGAUCUGUAUGAGACCCUUGCCAUCACCCAGAGUGUCAUUUUUGUGAACACAAGGCGUAAGGUCGACUGGCUCACUGACAAGAUGCGAAGCCGUGACCAUACAGUCUCAGCAACCCAUGGAGAUAUGGACCAGAACACCCGUGAUAUUAUUAUGCGGGAAUUUCGUUCCGGUUCUUCUCGAGUUCUUAUAACCACUGAUCUGUUGGCUCGUGGUAUUGAUGUUCAGCAAGUCUCCCUUGUGAUAAACUAUGAUCUGCCGACUCAACCUGAAAACUACCUUCAUCGUAUUGGAAGAGGUGGACGAUUCGGAAGAAAGGGUGUCGCCAUCAACUUUGUGACAUCGGAUGAUGAUAGAAUGCUGUUUGACAUUCAGAAGUUCUAUAAUGUGACGAUUGAGGAGCUGCCAUCGAACGUCGCUGAUCUUCUGUGAAGAGAAUUUUUGGUGCGUGUUGAGAAAGGGUUUUAUAUUUUGCAAGUUCUAUUUAACGUGUUGUUUAAUUUUCUUAAAUUUUAUUGUUUAGUGUUUUAAUUUAAUAUUUUGAGACAUAUCUGACAGUUUAAUCUCAUAUGAGAGUCUCUUAUCAAUUGCAACAUGAUGAGAUUGUCUAGUGAUUAUUUUCUGGCUUGGAAAAGUUUUGCAUGUUGGGAUUUGUAACAUACCGCCCCUUUUGGCUUUAUAAUUUAUUGUUGCAUUGCUACA